AUGCUUAAAUCGCUCAAAGAAGAGGCCGCAUACUGGCAUUUAAAACACUUCAAAUUUCAGUCAGCAGCAGAUUUACGCGAUUCUACUGCGCUUUCGUCUGAGGAAUCACCAUCGGUAAAUAACAAUGGCAUGCCAAAUGGCACUCGAGCUUCUGCCUUACAAGGGUUCGACGAACUACCCGAUCUAAGUCAACUGCGAUUGGAAGAUAAAAGCGAAGAGUCGGAUGUGGAAACAGCACCUGUGAGAGUUCCGGUGAUAAUGUUUGCUAAAAACGGACGCCAGGUAUUGCGACAAUCCCUUUUACAAUUUUUAUACGUUUUUGCAUAA